AUGUUUGUGUGUGCUUGCGCAGGGCGCAGCUGGGAGGCGCUGGCGCAGUACGAGCGCGCGCUGGCCGAGUCGGCGACGCACCGGCCGGCGCUGCUGGGCGCCGCGCGAAUCCUGCGCGCCAAGGGACAGCGCGCGCGCAUGCACCAGCUCAUGCUGCGAUCACUCGCUAUGUCACGGGCUCACAGAGGAUCCAUGGUCUACACUGGAGAUCUGUAUAAUAUUAAAAGUUGGAGACUAGACCCCCGAUAUCAGCAGCCGUCGACGCGUGGGGCGCAAGAGGAGGAAGAUGAAGAAGAAGAAGAAGAGGAGGAGGAGGAGGAGGAAGAAGAAGACGAGCUCUCCCAGCGCUGUCAUCACGCAGCACGCGCCAGACUUUGCGCACAGCCUGGUUCCUGCCUCGGCCCGUCUGCCUUGUAUCUUGCUGGCUCCGGCUCCAUGGGAGGGACGCAACUCUCCUGACAGAGGCUCAGCGAAGGUGCACCUUCCUCUGGACACAGGCACUUCUUUGGCCAUUUUCC